CAGUAGCACAUCAGACAUACAAAAUGCAUUACAAAGUGUUAGCUCUUCUUGCCUUUGCGGCUUUAGUUAAGUGCCACGAUAUAGCAAUUGGUUCCAAUACUAAUGGCAGAAAAAUAUACGAAGAAAAAAAACAAGCCAGUCCCGCUAUUUGGAGACAAGAUGACAAUGUUACAAUAUCAGCAAAUGAUGGCGAAGUUAUAAGCAGAGUUGUUGUGCACGAUUUAAGAGCAGAAAAAGAUGGAGAAGUUAAAAUUAUUGAUGGUGGAGAAGGACAGAAGAAUGUUACAUUGGAACUGAAAAGUCCAACCGCUUUACGGGGAUACGAAUUCCAUAUAGAAGUGUACGCAAUUCCCGAUCAAAAAUCAGACCAACCUAAAACAAUGAACAGCAACGAUGAUGUUUCUAUGGAUUCAAAAACUAACGUUCCAACAAAGGACAACGCACCUGCUAUUAUCGCUAAGGAAGAAAAUGCACGAGCUUCACGCACUAUCAUGACUGAGGAUAAAGACAGCGAUGUGAACAUUAGCAUACCGGUCUCUGCAAAUGAAUUUACAACCGCUGAACCAGAAAAAAAAGAAAGCACCGACAAUACAACUGAAGUGCCAAAAAGUAUCGAAGCAUCUACCGAAGAUAACAUGAAAAAAUCAAAGACUGACGCGGAAAACCAUGAAAUUGUCGAAUUCGUGCUAGACGAUAUGAACGAUCAGUCUGAAAAAGCAGCUUUGACUUCGGAUAGCUUAAAGAAAGAAAAUAGUCCUGUAGAAGUAGCCCGUACUAAUGAUUCUCAGGAAGAUGCUUAUAAAAUGGAAACUACAACUCAAAGUGACGAUAUAACAAGCACGACUAGUAACAGUGAAGAAGACUACGGAAAAAUCGAUUUGGAAUCUUCUAAAGUUCCCUCUAUUAUUUUCAAAAUGGAACCGCCUAUGGACAAAGAAACGCCAGCAAGCGAUUGGAAGCGACAAGAUUCCCGAUUCGACGUACCUAUAAUGAAAAACUUGGGCAAUCAAAGGUAUUAAAAAACUGUUAAACAAAAAAAAAGUAAGCGAUUUUUGUAAUCUUGCUGUGAUUUAGAUAUUUCUUUUAAUGUUAUAGCAUUAAUUAUUAGGAAUAUUACAUUAAGAUUAUCAAAUAUAUCUAAGCAUUAAUUUAUUA